CGCACUUGCUGGGUCUACUCUCGUUCUUUGCAAAGAGUUCAAAGAAGUCGCCCUGCAUUUUGAUUCAUACUUCUAGCAUUCAAGUUUAACCUGCCACAGAUCUCGUUUCCUCAAAUUCAACUUCUUCCUUGAUCUAAUGCCUUGGUAGUAACUGAUUAACUAUCGAGCUUCCGAAUCGGUCAUGGAAGAGGAAAAUGAAGUGGAACUUUUACAAAGGUACAGGCGAGAUAGGCGGAUACUUCUUAAUUACUUGCUAUCUGGUAGUUUGAUUAAGAAAGUUGUAAUGCCACCUGGUGCUGUUUCAUUGGAUGAUGUGGAUCUGGAUCAAGUUAGUGUUGAUUUUGUCCUGAAUUCUGUGAAAAAAGGUGACAUGCUUGAGCUCUCAGAUGCUAUUAGAGAUUAUCAUGAUAGCACUGGAUUCCCUCAUAUAAAUGCAGGGUCUGGAGGUGAGUUUUUUUUGGCUACCAAUCCUGAAUCAUCAGGUUCACCUCCAAGGAGGGCUCCGCCAGUUGUACCUUUUGUGGCACCAUCUCCCAUUAUGCCAGACACAUCACUUCCCUUUGAGGCAACAGAAGAGGAUGAACCCGCUAUGAUAUCAAAAUCUCAAUCCAACUUGGGGCAAGUUCAGGAUUUAACUGUUGAUGACAUUGAGGAUUUUGAGGAUGACGACGAUUUAGAGGAAAUUAAUAGUCUUAGGUAUUCAAGGAGAACGAUGAGUGAUACUUCUGAUCUUGUCGUGGGUUUGCCUUCAUUUGCAACAGGUAUAACCGAUGAUGAUCUCCGUGAAACCGCCUAUGAAAUUCUAUUGGCCGCUGCUGGGGCUUCAGGGGGCCUUAUAGUGCCGUCAAAGGAAAAGAAGAAAGAAAAGAAAUCUAGACUGUUGAAGAAGCUUGGACGGAGUAAGAGUGAACAGGUUACGACCCAGUCCCAACAAUCAACUGGAUUGACUGGUCUGCUGGAGAUCAUGCGCAUCCAGAUGGAGAUUUCUGAGGCAAUGGACAUUAGAACAAGACAAGGGCUACUCAAUGGGAUGACUGGCAAAGUGGGGAAAAGAAUGGAUGCUCUUUUAAUACCUCUGGAGUUGUUAUCUUGUGUUUCUCGAACUGAAUUUUCUGACAAGAAGGCUUAUAUACGGUGGCAAAAGAGACAAUUGAAUAUGCUGGAGGAAGGGCUUGUGAAUCACCCAGUUGUGGGAUUUGGAGAAUCUGGACGCAAAGCAAGUGAAAUGAGGAUUUUAUUGGCAAGAAUUGAAGAAUCUGAGUCAUUUGCACCUUCUGUGGGUGAACUUCAACGCAUAGAAUGUCUGAGAUCUCUGAGGGAGAUUGCCAUUCCACUUGCAGAGAGGCCAGCUCGUGGUGACUUAACCGGCGAAGUAUGUCAUUGGGCAGACGGGUAUCAUUUGAAUGUCAGAUUAUAUGAGAAACUUCUUCUCAGCAUUUUUGAUGUUCUAGACGAGGGAAAACUAACAGAGGAAAUUGAAGAAAUACUUGAGCUUCUAAAGUCAACCUGGCGUAUAUUGGGAAUAACAGAGACCAUCCACCACACCUGCUAUGCAUGGGUGCUAUUCCGUCAGUUUGUCAUGACUAGGGAGCAUGCACUUCUCCGGCAUGCCAUUGAGCAAUUAAAUAAAGUACCCUUGAAGGAAGAACGAGGCCCACAAGAGAGAAUGCACUUAAAAAGUUUGUUCUGCAAAGUUGAGAACGAAGAGGGCUCUCAAGAACUAACCUUUUUACAGUCCUUUUUACUACCUAUUCAGAAGUGGGCUGAUAAGCAACUUGCAGAUUACCAUUUGCACUUUUCCGAGGCUUUGGCGAUGAUGGAGAAUGUAGUUUCAAUUUCAAUGUCUGCAAGGAGACUUCUUCUGGAGGAACAUGUAUCGGCAAUGCAGCAUGCACCUGUCACAGAUAGAGAUAAGAUAGAGUCCUAUGUAUCAUCAUCCAUCAAAAGUGCAUUUGUAAGGACACUGCAAGAUGUUGAGACAAUGUCUAAUGCGACAGAUGAACACCCAAUGGCAUUAUUAGGAGAGGAGACCAAGAAACUUUUGAAGAAGGAUGCAACCAUAUUCAUGCCAGUAUUAUCUCAGUGGCAUCCACAAGCUGUUGUUGUUUCAGCAUCUCUCCUUCACAAGCUUUAUGGAAGCAAGUUGAAGCCCUUCCUUAAUAGUGUUGAGCAACUUACAGAGGAUGUAGUUUUGGUAUUUCCGGCUGCUGAUAGUUUUGAGCAGUAUGUUAUGGACCUUAUCACAUCUUCGUGUGGAGAGGGAGAAGCAGAGGUCUCCAUGAAAAAACUUGCUCUAUACAAGAUUGAAACAAUAUCUGGAACACUGGUGUUGCGUUGGGUUAAUUCACAACUAAGCAGAAUUAUGGGCUGGGUUGAGCGAGCCAUUCAACAGGAGCGAUGGGAACCUGUUUCAAUGCAGCAACGACACGGGAGUUCGAUUGUUGAAGUUUAUCGCAUUGUGGAAGAGACUAUUGAUCAAUUUUUCGCUCUAAGGAUUCCUAUGAGGUCUGGAGAAAUGAAUAGCCUGUUCCGAGGCAUUGAUAAUGCAUUUCAAGUAUAUGCAAAACAUGUUGUUGACAACUUGGCUAGCAAGGAAGACAUUAUUCCCCCUGUGCCAAUUCUGACAAGAUACAGGAGAGAAAGUGGAAUCAAAGCUUUUGUCAAGAAAGAGUUGACUGAUCCAAGGCUGCCUGAUAUGAGAAAGUCAAGAGACAUCAAUGUUUUGAGGACACCAACACUAUGUGUGCAGUUAAACACCCUUUAUUAUGGCAUUAGCCAUCUUAACAAGCUGGAAGACAGCAUUUGGGAACGCUGGACAAGGAAGAUGAAGCAUGGAAAAUAUAAUAAGAGAUCUACAGAUGAGAACUUGAAAAAAGAAAGCUUUGAUGGAAGUAGAAAAGAUAUUAAUGCAGCCAUUGACCGGAUUUGUGAGUUCACCGGAACUAAGAUAAUUUUCUGGGAUCUAAGGGAGCCAUUCAUUGAAAACCUAUAUAGAUCUAAUGUUUCUGAGUCCAGGUUGGAAACACUCAUUGAGCCGCUUGAUGUGGAACUAAAUCAACUUUGUGAUAUCAUCGUGGAGCCACUUAGAGAUCGAAUUGUAACGAGCCUCCUUCAGGCAUCACUGGAUGGUCUACUUAGAGUGCUACUAGAUGGAGGUCCUUCACGGUUGUUUGUUUCUUCUGAUGUUAAAUACUUGGAAGAAGAUUUAGAGGUUCUAAAGGAGUUUUUUAUAUCUGGUGGAGACGGACUUCCUCGUGGAGUUGUUGAAAACCAGGUAGCACGUGUUCGACAGGUGAUAAAGCUUCAGGGUUAUGAGACGCGGGAACUCAUCGAUGACUUAAAAUCUGCAAGUGCUUCAGACAGAAGCAAGUUGGGUGCUGACACCAAAACUCUUUUGAGAAUAUUGUGUCAUAGAAGUGAUUCUGAGGCUUCUCAAUUCCUAAAGAAACAAUACAGAAUCCCCAAAUCUGCUGCUUAGAUUUUGCAAUACAUUUUUAGGAUUCAUCAUUUGUUUUUGUAUGAUUUCUUUGGUCAGAGGAAAACAUAUAGCUCUGGGAAUACUUGUACUAAACCAAAAGCAAUAGCUUGAACUGCCAUGAUUUGUCGAAUUCAACAAUAUUUGUAUUGUUAAGUGGUUAUAUUUUGGCCAAAAGUUGAGUUGCUAUUAUUUGGGGGGUCAAGCGGAUCAUGAAUAUGAUGAGAUUAUUAUGUAAUUAUCCU